CAAAGUAGAGAAAAAAAUGGUUCAGAGUGAUAGAGAAGUGGUUGUCAACAUUGCUAUCAUGGCAAGUGGCAGCAAAGAAGCAGAGAAUAAUAAUAUUGCUUCAAAAUUUAAUAAUGGAGGAGAGGAAAGCUCCACCAGACGAGUAUACCAGGGCUCACCGAGCCAAGAUGCUCAGAAGGGUAACUCAAACACUUCCUCCCCACAAAGCUCGUGGAAGCCACCCUUAAGCAGGACCAAGUCCAGGCUCGUUGACCCACCUGAGGAACCAUUUCGGAAAUGGGAGAGAGUGAUCACUUCUGGAAGGCUACUGAGAAAAGAUGGUGAUAAUAAUGAUCAGUCUUUUGAUGAGGACGAUGACAUUCCAGAAGAAGAUAAGAAAUCCAAGUUCAAUAUACUCACACUUGUUCAGUGGGUAAGCUUUGUUUUGAUCUUAGCAGCCUUGGGUUGUAGUCUUUGUAUUCCAGUCCUGAAGAAGCAAAAGCUUUGGGACCUUCCAUUAUGGAAAUGGGAAAUUCUUGUUUUGGCAUUAAACUGUGGGAGGUUAGUCUCUGGUUGGGGAAUUCGGUUGCUUGUCAUCUUUAUAGAGAGAAAUUUUCUUUCGAGGAAAAGGGUUUUGUAUUUCGUUUAUGGUUUGAGAAGGGCAGUCCAGAAUUGUCUCUGGUUAGGUCUAGUUUUGCUUGUUUGGAACUGUGUUUUUAAUAAAAAGGUAGAGGAGAGGACCGAGAGUAAGUUCUUAGUUUAUGUGACCAAAAUUCUGGUUUGUUUUUUGGUGGGAAAUCUAAUAUGGCUUCUGAAAACACUUAUGGUUAAGGUUCUAGCAUUGUCUUUUCAUGUGAACAACUUCUUUGAUCGAAUUCAAGAUGCUUUGUUUAACCAAUAUGUGGUUGAAUCUCUUUCUGGUCCCCCAAAGUAUCACAUGAAAGAAGAUCAUUUAAUGGCUGUCGCUGUGGUUCGGGAGUUUCAGAUGGCUAAGGCUGCUGGGGCUGCAGCCAUGGCUAUGCCAAGUGACCUCAGAGCAAGCCUGCUUCCUUCCAAUGACAGAUUUUCUAGGCAGGUGGCUCACAAACAAGGUGGAAAAUUCUCAAUUGACCACUUGCAUAAGCUAAAUCAGAAGAAUAUAUCAGCUUGGAAUAUGAGGAAAAUGAUCGAUACUGUAAGGACUGGGUCCUUGGCCACUCUGGAUGAAAAAAUACAGAACUCUAAUAAUAUUAAUACGGAUGAUGAGUCUUCUUUACAGAUCAAAACUGAAUGCCAGGCAAAAGAGGCAGCCAAGAAGAUAUUUGCCAAUGUAGCCAAGUUCGGGUCCAAAUGUAUUUACCUAGAGGAUUUGAUGAGGUUUAUGAAUAAAGACGAAGCUAUUAGAACAAUGCAUCUAUUUGGAGCAACAUCUGAAAACGAGGGAAUUACCAAGUCGGUUCUCAAAGAUUGGGUGGUGAAUGCAUUCAGAGAAAGAAGAGCACUUACAUGGUCUCUCAACGAUACAAAAACAGCUGUGGAUGAACUUCACAAUAUGCUGACAGUGCUCGUAGGCAUCGUAAUUGUGAUAAUCUCACUUCUUAUACUUGGAGUUCCCAUCAUGCAUUUCCUCGUCUUCAUAAGCUCCCAGCUUCUUCUGGCUGUUUUUAUCUUUGGCAAUACCUGUAGAACAGUAUUUGAAGCUAUCAUUUUCUUAUUUAUAGUUCACCCAUUUGAUGUAGGUGAUCGUUGUGAAGUGGACGGAGUCCAGAUGGUGGUUGAGGAAAUGAAUAUAUUAACUACGGUGUUUAUGAGAUAUGACAAUCAAAAGGUCAUAUUUCCCAACAGUGCUCUAUCCACCAGACCCAUUACUAACUUUUAUCGAAGUCCAGACAUGGGAGACACUGUUGAUUUUUGCGUCCAUAUCUCAACUCCCAUGACGAAGAUAGUCACUAUGAAGGAAAAAAUUAAAAGGUUUAUUGAAAGUAGAAGUGACCAUUGGCACCCAAGUCCAACGUUGAUGAUGAUGGAUGUGGUUGAGUUGAACAAACUGAAAUUAUCAUUGUGUGUUACACACCGAAUGAACCACCAAGACAAUAGGGAGAAAUUGGGUAGGAAAGCCCUUUUGGUUGAGGAAAUGGUCAAGAUUUUUAAAGAACUCGACAUUGAGUACCGGAUGCUAACUCUUGAUGUCAAUAUCCCAACCAAUCCAAACUGCAAAGUGUCCACAGGUUUUGUGGAUGAUUCAACUAUGCGUGUGCCAUUUCUAUGAGUGCACAACUAAAUAAUACAAUUAGCUAGUUUCAUCAAAUAAACUAAGAGCAUUGCUAUGGGGCACACUCCUUGAUCUCGAUAUCCAUUGGUCAAAUUUAAUAUUGUUCUCACAUAUUUUAUUUUGAAUUAUAAUAUGUUUGAUUCGAUAUUAAAUUGCAUAAUGUGUAAUAACAAUUUUCAUAAACUAAAGUGUGUGUAUGUGUUCAAGUUUGGUUGAGUAUUGAUGUGAUAACUUUCAAAUUUCAAUGUAAUGUAGUGAUAUGUAAUAAAUUCUGGUAAAAGCCUUGUGAUAUAGGUAAUGGGUUAAUUAUAUGAUGUUAAGAUAUAAUUUGGUAUUGAUAUGAUAUUAUUUCAUAUUAAUUAUUGGAUAAUC